GUCCACAGUGCAUAAUAUACACAUAUAUGUAUUAUACUAUUUCGAAUUAAAAAAAAAUUACUUGACUAAAAUAAUAAUAUAUCUGUUAGUAACCUAUUUAUGUAUAAAAAUUCGAUUAAUUAAUUUUUUUUAAUUCUUUUUAAAUACAAUUAUCUUUAUUCAACAUACAUCUGAGAUAGAUAACGCAUUAAGAAAUAAUAUUUCUACACAUAAAAUAAAGUACAAAAUUUCUAAAAAAUUGUUUAUUUUACAAUCCUAAUUAAAUUUAUAUAUACAAAAAGUGCUACUUUAGAAUGGAAGUCAAAAGUGCAGCUUCCAUGAAUAUUAAUGAGAACGAAAUUCAUUAUAAUUCACAAGAAGACUUUAUAAAAAAUGAAUUAAAUUUCGAUGUUGACGCUAGUGUAAUCGAUGAUACCGUUCACGAACAAGCUUCUCAAAGCAAUGACGAAGAUCCAGAAUGGAUGGAUAUUUUGGGCAAUGGGCAAUUACGGAAAAAAAUACUUGUUAAAGGCUCUGAUAAAAAACAAAAUCGGCCCAAUCAAGGAGAUAUUUGUACAUUAAGACUUAUUGGUAGACUUGAAGAUGGAAAAUUGGUUGAAAAUUUAGACGAUACUAUCAUACAACUUGGAGAUCAUGAAGUGGUGCAGGGUUUGGAUUUAGCAAUAGCAUUAAUGAAUAUAGGAGAAACUGCAGAAAUAGAAGUAGCUGCAAGAUUUGCAUAUGGAGACCUUGGCAAAGAACCUGAUAUUCCUCCGGGAGCGAAAGUAAUUUAUGAGGUAGAAUUAAAAAAAGUAGAAAUAGAACCAGAAAUUGAUAAUAUAGAUGUUACACAGAGACUUAAUAUUGGAAUUAAAAAGCGUGAACGUGGAAAUUGGUGGUUUUCACGGAAUGAGCCAACCAUAGCUAUUCAAUGUUAUCGACGAGCACUUGAAUAUUUCCAACCACUGACAAAAAUGAAUCAUGAUGAAAAGAAUGAACAGCAAAAUAAUUUAUCUGAAAACACAAUGGACUCCAUUCUCGAAGAUUUUUUACAAAAUAGAACAAAAAUAUACAAUAACUUAGCCGCUGCACAAUUAAAAACUGAAGCAUAUGAAGCUGCUUUAGAAAGUGUUGAAAACGUUUUGAGAGUUGAACCAGAGAAUGUCAAAGCGUUGUAUAGAAAAGGAUGUAUACUUCAAAAAAAGGGCGAAUAUACAGAAGCAAUGAACAAUUUUAAUGAAGCGGCUAGAAUUGAUCCAGAAUCAACAGCAAUAAGUCAUCAAAUAAAACUUCUUAAGGUCAAAAAUGCUCAGAGCACAGCUUCUCAAAGGGACUUAUACAGGAAAAUGUUUGGAACGACAGCAAACUCCAAAACUUCAACUAACAACAAAAAUAAAAAUUCUACUAGCUUUUUAGAAAAAUAUCUUAAACUUCCAUUUGUUAUCAGUAGUAGAAAGACCAAUAAGCUCCUUAUUUGGAGUUUAAUAGGGGGAACAUUUGUUACUGUAAUGGGCGUGGUGAUAUAUAAACUUAUUGAAAAUUGACAAUUUUAACAUAAAACUUUCAGUUGAUUGAAAAAUUAUUGUAUUGUGCUAAUUGGUCAACUUUAUUAUAAUUUGUGUUUUAAUUUCACUGAAAAUUCGAUACAUUCCUUUUAUUGUCGUGUUUAUUAAAUUUAUUGAUCCAGAAUGUUACUAUUGAUGUGUUCGUAAAUUGAUGAAUGAUAACUGUAUAUAUUUGUCACAUUUAAACAAAAAAUAAAAAUAUUAUACAAAAAAAAAA